GGCCAAAUCAAAAAAUAUAUAUUCAAACAAAAUCAAAAGAUGAUUGUCAACAAAGGCAAGCAAAGUUCCAGUAAGUAAUAAAAGCAUUUCUUUUGGUGGGUAGAGAUUACAGAGUCUUCAUGAGCUGUCCUUGUGUUGGGACUCUUUCCUUCCCCUCGCUAUAAUACAAGUCCUUGGCAUCAGUUCUGCUCCAAGCUUAUUGACUUGCUCUCAUCUCGCACUCAAUAUGGAUCAUCAAACCAAAUCAGAGGUAGCUCGAGUUGUGUUCCCUUACGUUGAAAUACUGAAAGAUGGAACUAUCCGGAGACUGGCAGGAACUGAAGUUGCUCCAGCUGGCUACGAUCCUGAGACUGGUGUUCUGUCUAAAGAUGUUGUGAUAAUCCCCAAAACAGGAGUCAAGGCCAGGCUUUAUCGUCCUACUAAUUCCACCAACAAGCUCCCUCUGGUGGUUUACUUGCACGGCGGAGGGUUUUUCAUAUCGUCUAUGGCCGAUCCCAAGUACCACGACAGCCUCAACAAGAUAGUAGCUGAAGCUAACAUUUUAUUGGUUUCCAUUGAUUACAGGUUGGCGCCAGAGAAUCCUCUACCAGCUGCAUAUGAGGAUUCAUGGGCUGCACUUCAGUGGAUCGCUUCCCAUGUUGAUGGGGAAGGUGGCGGCGAGAAUUGGAUCAACGAUUAUGCUGAUUUGGGACAACUUUUCUUGGCUGGAGAUAGUGCUGGUGCCAAUAUGUCACACCACUUCGGCUUGAAGAUCAAGGGAUCGGACCUGGAUCAGAAGCUGAAAAUACAGGGGAUGGUAAUGAUCCAUCCUUAUUUCUGGGGACAGGCUCCUAUUGGGAAGGAGGCAACUGAUCAUUUCAGGAAAUCAAUGGUGGAUAGUUGGUGGAGUCUUGUUUGCCCUUCAGAGAAAGGAAAUGAUGACCCGCUUAUCAACCCGUUUGUUGAUGGGUCUCCAAGUCUUGCUGGCUUGGCUUGUGAUAGAGUGCUUGUUGUUGUUGCAGAGAAUGACAUACUAAGAGAUAGAGGUUGGCUUUACUAUGAAAAGUUGAAGAAAAGUGGAUGGGAAGGGAAAGUGGAGAUUGAGGAGACAGAAGGAGUUGAUCAUGUUUUUCACAUACUUGACCCAUCUUGUGAGAAGGCUGACACUCUCUUCAAGCGUUUGUCAUCCUUCAUUAACCAUGGGAAGGCUCCUGUUUCUGUUGUUUAAUGAGAUUGCAAUGGUUGUUCAUCUUCUCCAAAAAUCAAAGCUCUGCUUCUGUAUCUGCGAAUGGAGAAAAUAAGAGAAGUUACCUUAACAAGUAGAUUUCCAAUGCUAAGUUUUACUUUUCAUGUGUCACUAUUGAUUGAUGCACUUAAUUCAUGAUUGAAGCACUCUUGUAUACAUCAUCCUGCCUUUUGGGAUCAUAUGCAUGUAUAAACAAACACUGAAUGUUGAAUAAUGAUCUUUGAUCCAA